GGAGUGUUGAAGCAGAGGAGGAGGGAUGAGGGAGGAACAGUGUGACAAGCCAGGGUGAAGUUAGAGCAGUUACAGAUAGACAGAUUGCAGCAGAGAGAGUAAGACAAAAAAAAAAAUUGAAGGGGAAGUGAAUUAGAGUUGUGCUGUAAUACUUGGAAAGAGACCAGAACAUAGUAGUGUAAAAGAAAGUUUGCAUUUUUUUGUUUUUGUUUUCUGUUAGUGGAUUCCAUUUUUUGUCCAUAAAGCUGAUUUUUAGACCUAAAUUUGACAUUUUUCUACUUGUUUUCUCUUUUUUUUAACACAUCAUUAUCUCACUUAGGAGUCCAAUUGUGUGUGUGUAAGUGAAUGCAAGUGUGUGUUUAUGUGUGUGUGUGAUAUAGAUAUAGAUAUAGUAAGUCAUGGAACUGGAGCAUUUCGGCGGUGGCGGGGUUAAACCUGAGAGGGGCAACAGUCGUCUCUACAGGAUAGCAUUGGCCAUGUGUGUGUGUCUCUGUGCAGCUCUACUCCUCGCACUCAUCCUGGUCUCUCAAAAAUCCAGUCAGGAGGAGUUCUGCCUGAGCCCAGAAUGCAUUGAGGCAGCUGGGUCUAUUCUCAGUAAACUGGAUCAAUCUGUUAACCCUUGCGAUGACUUCUACACUUACGCUUGUGGGGGAUGGCUGAAGGAGAACCCGAUCCCUGAAGAUUCGUCCUCGUAUGGUAUCUACCCCUGGCUGCGGCAGCACGUCGACAUCCGACUCAAAGAGUUGUUAGAAGCUCCUUCAGACCCUGAUGAACUGGACGCCAUAAAAAAAGCGAAGAUCCUUUACCACUCCUGCAUGAAUGAAACUAUAUUGGAAGAGUUGGACACCAAACCGAUGCUGAAAACCCUCAAACAGCCUGAGUUCCGGUGGCCGGUCAUCGGGGAUGGACUGGGGGGGGAUUACCAGUGGUCUCAGGCCCAGUGGAGUCUGCUGAAGACUCUGGCUGAGAUGAGGAACCAGCACAGCAAGAGCGUCUUGAUCCGACUCUACGUCUCCCCUGACGACAGAAACUCAACACGCUACAUCAUCAAGCUCGAUCAGGCGUCCUUGUCGUUGCCCUCCAGGGAAGACUACAUCACCAACACUUCCUCUGCCAAGGCGUACCGUGCAGCCCUGCUGAGUUUGAUGGUGGAUACAGCCGUCAUGCUGGGCGCUCCGGAGAAAGCAGCGCUGACCCAGAUGGAAAAGGCUCUUGACUUCGAGACCAAACUGGCUCAUAUCCUGAUUCCUUAUGAAAAUCGCACCAGUGAGAAUAUGUACAACAGACACCCACUUUCUUACCUGCAACAGAACAUUCCACAGUUCGACUGGGUGGGUUUUGUAAAAGCUGUCAUGAAGUCUAAGACCGACCCGCCGCUCUCCAUCUCUUCCUCUGAACGCGUUAUCGUCCGAGCUCCUCAGUACUUCAAGGAACUUUUCAAGCUCAUUAACACGACGGAUCCAAGGACUGUAGCUAACUACGUACAAUGGAGGACAGUUUUUUCCAGAAUCACCACUUUGAGCCGCCGUUUUCUCUACAGAUACCUGGACUAUGCUCGGGUGACCACAGGAACCACCUCUCUGACCCCACGCUGGGAUAAGUGUGUCAACUAUGUGGAGAAUUCACUUGUUUAUGCCACUGGGCGCCUCUUUGUCAACGCUCAUUUCCAGGAGGACAAGAAACACAUGAUGGAGGAGUUGAUUGACGGCAUUCGCUGGGCGUUCAUGGACAUCCUGGAGAAAGAGAACGACUGGAUGGAUGAAGAGACGAAGCUGAAAGCGCUGGAUAAGGCUCAUGCUGUCCUCGCUAAGGUCGGUUACCCCGAGUUCAUUCUCAAUGACACCUACCUCAAUGAAGAUCUAAAGCAGCUACAGUUCAAUGAGAGGGACUAUUACGGGAAUGUGAUGCAGACACUGAAGUUCAUCGCCCAGUCGGACCUCGCUUGGCUUCGAAAGAGUGUCCCACGUAAAGAAUGGUUCACAAACCCCACAACAGUGAACGCCUUCUACAGCUCCUCAACAAAUCAGAUCAGAUUCCCGGCUGGAGAGCUACAAAAACCCUUCUUUUGGGGGGUGGAAUAUCCAAGGUCUUUGAGUUACGGUGCCAUUGGUGUCAUAGUUGGACAUGAGUUAACACAUGGUUUUGACAAUAAUGGCCGUAAAUACGAUAAAAACGGAAACCUCCAUCUUUGGUGGAGCAACUCUUCUAUAACAGCCUUCAACGACAAAACGCAAUGUAUGAUUGACCAGUACAACGGUUACCACUGGGAGGAGGCGGGGCUCAAUGUACGAGGUAAGAGGACUCUGGCAGAAAACAUCGCAGACAACGGAGGAAUACGAGAGGCGUUCAGGGCGUACCGGCGGUGGGUGGAUCAGAGCAGAGGUGGAGUAGAGGAGCCUCUGCUGCCUGGGGUCGGACUCAACAACAACCAACUGUUCUUCCUCAGCUAUGCACAUGUGAGAUGUAACGCAUACAGAACAGAAGCAGCGAGGGAACAGAUCCAAAGCGGCGCGCACAGUCCGCCAAAAUACAGAGUCAUCGGAGCCAUGAGUAACUACGAAGAGUUCAGCAAAGCCUUCAGCUGCCCCGAGGCGUCGGUUAUGAACCGAGGCGCAAAGUCCUGCCGGGUGUGGUGACCUUUGACCUCAGCUUGGCCCCGAACCAGGCCAGAGCUAACGGCGGGACGCUACAGUUAGCCUGCACAGGUUUCCAGACAUGAGAACAGCUGGUAAAUGAAGACCAGCUCUUCUCACAGUAGCAUUUACACCCUAACAGACACACGUUGGGGUACGAAGUGAGAUUUUACCGACUGAAGCCAUUUUUAAUAAUCUGCUGUUGUUGUAUUUUGUUACUGCAGCAGUGGAAAUGUUAUUUUUAAAGGGGUCAUAUUUUGCUAAACCCACUAAUAUUAGUCUUUGGUUCAUUUAUUUGUGUAUUUGGACCCUAAUAGUUCAUAAAGUUUGAAUUUGAACCCUCCAGGUGCUGCAAAACUAUUUUUAUAUUAAUUUUGGCAAUAAUCAAGUGGAUUUCUACAACCUGAUUCAAUUCCUUCUUAAUUUGCUACGUUUUAUAACUAAUUAUGUCAAAACAUUUGCACAUAUACUGUUCAAGACUUCCAACGAAAAUUUCUCCGAGUACGACAUAAUUGUUUGUCAGCAGCAACGGUUGUAGUAAAAACUGAAAAUAUGUCCAAACUUCAAUCCAAUUACCUUAAAUAUUCAGUCGUUGGUUGAACAGGACAGAGCAGCACAGCCAACUAACUACCUGGAGGGGGCGGGACUUCAAGUGGCUCAUUUGGAUUUAAAGGGCCAGCGCUCAAAACAACCUUUCUGGUGUCAUUAUU